UCAGUCAUUUACUAAUCUUAUUCGAGCGUUGGUGCACCUCGUUCGUUCGUACAAAUAAUAACUAUCAGGGAGUACAUCAUCUAGAUAGGAAGAUCCUAAUAGCUGAGAAGAAAUGAAAUUCGACGAUAUUUUGAAUGAUGUUGGUGAGUUUGGACGGUAUCAGCGGCGUCUGUAUAUCAUCGUCGUUAUUCUAAAGUUCACCAUAUCAUGGUCCCCGAUGAUAUCUGUCUUCAUCAAUGCACCCGUCGACCAUUGGUGUAAGAGCCCCGAAUGGAAUCCUGGAUGUGAGCAGUAUGGACUUUCAGAGGAAGCUUGUGCACUAGCCCAGAAGGAAGGUAGCAUCCCAUCAAACUACACGUCAGAUGGUGAGCUGGAGUACGCACAAUGUGAGAAAUAUAACGUGUCAGGAGUGGGAUUUUGGCCUGGGAUUGAUCCAGCCAAUUACAGCAGCGGAACGACGCCAUGUGAUAGUGGAUGGGUAUAUGAUGACAGCCAAUACAAGACAUCUACCGUUACUGAUUUUGACCUUGUAUGUGGCAAUGAUGAUCUCACCCAAGUAUCUCAAUCCAUCUUCUAUGGAGGAUACUUAGCUGGUUCUAUUAUAUCCGGUAUCUUGUCAGACAUAAUUGGACGCUGGUGGACACUCAUCCUCUCCAACGCUGUUGCUGUCAUCUCUGGAGUAGCUAUUGCCUUUUCACCCAAUUGGUGGUUCUUUGCCACCAUGCGAUUCUUCAUGGGCUUCAGUAACAUUGCUUUCAACAUUAUCCUGUUUGUUAUUGGUACGGAGUUUAUCGGUCCUUCAAAACGGUACUUGGUGAUGCUAGCGACGAUCGGUUAUGCUGUAGGAUACAUGGUACUUGCUUUGUGUGCUUAUUUCAUUCGUUCAUGGCGAACAUUACAACUGGUCAUGACUGCACCUCUCCUCGCCAUCUUCAUCCUAUUCAGAUGGCUGCCUGAGUCCGCUAGAUGGCUUAUUUCUGUUGGGAAAUACGACAAAGCUGAAAAGGUCAUCAGGAAGGUCGCUGAGGUCAACAAUGCCAAAUUACCAAGCCCUCUCUUCACAACAGAAUUUAAAGAAGAACAGGAUCGCAUUCUGAAGGCACAUAGACCGACGGCUCUCGAUUUGUUUCGGACACCAAGGAUGCGAUUGCGAACCAUUAGCCUCAUCUGUAUAUGGAUGGUGAACUCCAUGGUGUACAACGGCUUAUCGCUAAACAGCUCCAAUCUUGGCACCAACGACUAUCUUGCCUUCGCAAUUUCAGCCGGUGUCGAGAUCCCAGCUUUUAUUAUGGAUGUCUUUAUAAUCGAGUAUUUUGGUCGAAAGCCUAGUCUUAUCUUCUGUAUGCUGCUCGGUGGGGUAGCUUGUGUCUCGACCGCGUUUAUAACACCUGGCGUUGUCCUAACAACUGUUGCUAUGAUAGGCAAGUUUGGCAUCACUGGAUCGUUCACUAUCAUGUACCUCUACACAGUGGAACUUUACCCAACGAAUAUAAGGGGCGUGGCCAUUGGUAACUGUUCUAUGUUUGCCAGGAUAGCGAGUAUAGUAGCACCUCUCAUCCUCCUACUCAGCAAGUACUGGGCUCCUCUUCCUCUGGUCAUCUACGGGUCUAUGGCCGUCAUCGCUGCAUUGUCUGCCCUGGCUCUGCCCGAGACACGAGGCAAGAAACUCCCCGAGACACUGGAAGAAGGAGAAAAAUUUAACAUAGAAGAGCGAGCAUGACGAUUCCGAGAUCGAAAAGUGACGUCACAUCAUGAACGGGUAUGAUGAGCACCAUAAGGUCAUCGACAUAAGACCGAUAAUCUCACCAGCAACCCAUUACUGUAAAAGAGCUCUCACAAAUAAAAUCCCCAGCAAAUAGCAAGUAAUUUGGAAUAGAAUUUAGUUGGAUAUAUAUGCUCGCAUCCCAAUUAAUUAAAAAAGACAUGUAGAAAGGCAUGACAAAAUAUAAUUAAAAAACAUUAACAAUGGUUUAAGCAAAUAUACAAAGAAAAGAUUAAUAUAAAUAUGAUGCGAUCAUAGAAAAUUUGGUGCGACUUGUUAACACGAUCCCAUCAAUAUACAUCAUAUAUAUAAUAGUAUUUCAAAAUACAAUAAUGAAUCUAAAUUAGCACAGAAAAUAACUAUGUUCCAACAUUUUUUGCUGUAGAAACAUAGAUUUUUUUUUUACAUAACUAAAAUAUUUGGCAACAAAUAGUCAUUAAACUUACGCUUUGAAAAGUUUAGAAGAUCUUAUGACAUGAUAUGUGACGCCCUUUUGAUUUCCAUUGUUUACUCACUGGCCUUCAUUUACGACACUCCAAUCCAGACCCCUAAGAAUUACAAUACCACUUAUUUCUUUAUUUAUUUUCUGUUGUCUUGUCAUUCAGUAUCAUUUCUUGUCCUUCCUCCAGCUUUAUUUAUUUGUUUUGUUUCUUUCUCUCAUUUGAGAAGACAGCUACCGGUGUGAAAUUGGUAACCAAUUCUCUCACACGGGGUCUAUCCAUAAAAUAUCUCUGCUCUUUAGACCCCUCCAAAUAACAAAGAAAUUAUGGGAUUUAUUUCUUAUCUUCACUUUGUUAGCUUAGCCCCUUAUUAUUCAAACAUCAAUAUGUUUGCAUGCAUAUGAAUAAAAUAAAUAGAUGGAAAUAAAUAUCUAACUACAUGUAUACAGUAUUGUCUUGUUAAAUGUCAUCCAUCUCUGAGUUUGGUUUCCAUUGGUUUUGGGUAAAAGUUUUAAAAUAUUUUGACUUAACGGAGUUCAUUAAACCAAAGUUCAUAUGUAUAGAAGGCGAAAAUCCAGACAUUAACUAAGUGUCAUAUUUUGAUGACGAAAAUCUAGUUCACAGUUGAGUUAUAUAUGAUUCAGUAUGAAGUAUGAUGAAUGUAAAGCAAAAUUAUCAAGUAUAUAUAUAUAUAUAUAGAUAUAUAAAUCAGUUAAUGUCAACUUUUGAGUUUACUAGGAAACGCUCGAAAGACGAUUGCUGAAUGCAUUAUGAGCAACUAAAAUUAAACUUGAUUGUCCAAUUUUUUUUAAAGAA